CAUGGCUGCGAACCUGAAACUGUAUCGCACCAGAAACUGAUUUGUUAUUGUAAUGAAAUAAGUAUUUUUAUUAUGUUCAUAUGACAGUUAUUUAAUAUUAUUUCUAUCACCUAUUAUUUUUUAAACAUAUGCAAUAAUAUAAUAGUUGCUUAAAGACGUUGAAUUCGUUUGGAAGAAAUAUUGAAGAGGUUAAGUGAAGUUAACCUCAAAUAACUUUAUUUCAUUCCAUGUUUAUAUUAUUUAUAAAAUAGAACGAAUGAUAUAAUUUCAAGUGCAUUCAGGAUGGUUUAUAGUUCUAAAUCUAAGAGACAGAAAUAAUAAAACAGUUUCUACACUUUUCCUAUUGUUGGUUGAUGAGAAGUAAACAUAACCUGCUGCCGAUAUCAAAAUCAUUAUGAGUAAAUACAGGAGAAAAGAAUCCUCCAGCGAGGAUAGCGACAGCGAAGAAGAGAGACGUAAGAAGGAUAUCAAGGAAAGAGAUGAAUUUGCUAAUCGUCUCAAGGCAAAAGAUGAAACUAGAAUACGAAAAGUUGCUAUGCCAGCUGGUUCCGGAGCAGCUGAAGCAGCGAAAAGACUCAAGAUCAUGGAAACAGAUAUGCGAGAAAAGUUGGUACCAAAGCUACGAGUAGAAUCUCGUAGAAAAUAUUUGGAAAAACGUAAAGAAGAUAAAGUGGCUGAACUAGAAGCUGAUAUUAUCGAUGACGAAUAUCUAUUCGAAGAUCAAGUAUUGACAGACCGAGAAAAGAAGGAGAGGGAACACAAGAAACAGUUACUGCAGUUAGCGAAAGAACAUGAAAGGGCUAGAGAGCUCGAAAGAGUGCAACGUUAUCACAUGCCUUUAGAAAAAGGAAAAGUUGAACCGGAACAAGAUGUGCACGACAACGAGCCACCGCAAUCCGAACAAAGCAAAUGGGAAUCCGAUCAAAUGUCAUCUGCUGUUUUUCGUUUUGGCGCUAAAGACAGAAAAGCUCAGCAAGAUUAUGAUCUUCUUUUGGAGGAUGAGGUAGAAUUUGUUCAGGCGUUGCGUAUGCCUGGCAGCGAGAAAGACCGAAGACGUGAUGCGAGUCCACCACCGCAAGUGAAAGCAUUACAAACUAUACAGGAAACGAAAAAAAGUUUACCAAUUUACCCCUUCAGAAACGACUUGAUUCAAGCUAUCAAAGAUCAUCAGGUAUUGAUAAUAGAGGGAGAAACGGGUUCCGGAAAAACCACACAGAUCCCACAAUACCUAUACGAGUCCGGGUUUGCAGAAGAUAACAAAAUUAUCGGCUGUACUCAACCGAGGCGAGUGGCUGCUAUGUCCGUGGCGGCAAGAGUUGCCCAUGAAAUGGCUGUGAAAUUGGGAAAUGAAGUGGGCUACGCGAUUCGUUUCGAGGAUUGCACUUCCCAUCGAACUCGAAUUAAGUACAUGACCGACGGUACGCUCCAUCGAGAAUUUCUGAGCGAGCCAGACUUGGCUUCUUACAGUGUCAUGAUCAUCGACGAAGCUCAUGAACGUACAUUACACACUGACAUAUUAUUUGGAUUGGUAAAGGAUAUCACGAGAUUCCGACAGGACUUGAAAUUGUUGAUUUCAUCGGCCACUUUGGACGCGACGAAAUUCAGCGAGUUCUUCGACGACGCUCCCAUUUUCCGGAUACCUGGUCGACGGUUUCCCGUCGAUAUCUAUUACACCAAAGCGCCCGAGGCGGAUUACAUUGAUGCCUCCGUCGUUUCCAUCCUUCAAAUACACGCUACUCAACCUCCUGGCGAUAUACUGGUGUUUUUAACAGGUCAGGACGAAAUAGAAACGUGUCAGGAAAUGUUACAAGAAAGAGUGAGACGAUUAGGGUCGAAAUUGGGAGAACUGAUGAUUUUGCCCGUUUACGCGAAUCUUCCAAGCGAUAUGCAGGCGAAAAUAUUUCAGCCAACUCCGUUCGGCGCUAGGAAGGUAGUUCUCGCUACUAAUAUAGCUGAAACAUCAUUAACUAUAGACAACAUAGUAUACGUGAUAGACCCUGGAUUCGCAAAACAGAACAAUUUUAAUUCGAGAACAGGCAUGGAAAGUUUGAUGGUAGUUCCAAUCAGUAAAGCUUCCGCCAAUCAGAGAGCGGGUAGAGCCGGUAGAGUAGCUCCAGGAAAGUGUUUCCGACUCUAUACGGCCUGGGCUUAUCAACACGAGUUAGAAGAUAAUACAGUACCUGAAAUUCAGAGGAUUAACUUGGGUAACGCUGUGCUCACUCUAAAGGCAUUGGGUAUAAACGAUUUGGUUCAUUUCGAUUUCCUCGAUCCACCACCACACGAAACGUUGGUCCUAGCAUUGGAGCAGCUCUACGCUUUGGGAGCUUUGAAUCAUCGCGGAGAACUGACGAAACUCGGACGAAGAAUGGCCGAGUUCCCGUUGGACCCGAUGAUGGCCAAGAUGCUAUUAGCCAGUGAACAGUAUCGUUGCUCGGAGGAGGUUGCCACCAUCGCUGCGAUGUUGUCAGUGAAUGGAGCCAUCUUCUACAGACCAAAAGAUAAAAUCAUACACGCGGACACGGCGAGAAAAAAUUUCCACGUACCAGGCGGCGAUCACCUCACUCUGCUAAACGUGUACAAUCAGUGGCAGCAGAGCGAUUUUAGCACCCAUUGGUGUUAUGAAAACUUCAUUCAGCAUCGGUCGAUGAAACGGGCAAGGGACGUCAGAGAGCAAUUGGUCGGAUUAAUGCAGCGGGUCGAGAUGGAGCUCGUUUCGGGGAUCUCGGAAACCGUGAACGUCAGAAAGGCUAUCACAGCAGGUUACUUCUACCACGUAGCUCGAUUGUCUAAAGGUGGUCAUUACAAGACGGCUAAGCACAAUCAAACGGUAUCGAUUCAUCCGAAUAGUUCACUUUUUCAAGAACUACCGCGUUGGCUGCUGUACCAUGAGCUGGUUUUCACCACAAAAGAAUUUAUGCGACAGGUGACGGAGAUUGAAAGCAAAUGGCUUUUGGAAGUCGCCCCGCAUUAUUACAAACCAAAAGAACUAGAGGACUCCACGAAUAAGAAGAUGCCGAAAGUCGCGGGAAGAUCGCGUCCAGAUGGAACCAAUUAAUUUUGUACAAUUAACGUAAUUAAAUGCUUGUGGAAUGUACAUAUAGAAUUUGUAUGAAUUUGUAUUGUACAAAAGCUUAUAUUGUUGCUUGUACAACAUUAUUUUUUAAAAAAGAAUCUUCCAGCAGAAAAGACAUUUGUAUUUGUUAGCUACAAUUAAUUAAAAUAUUUAUACUUCACGGAAUACAUAGUAGCAAUAAGUAUAAUGUAAAAUACACGAACUUGUAGUUAACAAAUAUAUUGGUAACCAUUUGUACUGUACUGUUAAUGCACUUUAUUUUAAUACAAAAAUGUCGAGA